AUGGCAAGUGCAACUACUCCCCGCGGCCCCGCCAGGCGCCACACUGCUCCUCGAUCUGCAACCGCGCGAGAGAGCGCCCUGGCCAACGGCCACAUCCUCGUGCUGCCGCUGCCGGCCCAGGGCCACGUCACCCCGCUCAUGGAGCUCUCCCACCGCUUGGUCGACCACGGUUUCGAGGUCACGUUCGUCAACACCGAAGCGCACCACGCGCGGGUCGUCAGCGCGCUGCAGGCGGCUGGCGGCACGGCGGCGCUGGCCGGCAUCCACCUGGCGUCCAUCUCGGACGGGCUGGAAAGCGAUGAGGACCGCAAGGACAUCGGCAAGGUCGUCGACUCCCACUUGCACAUGCCAGGGCGCCUAGAGUUCAUAAAAAAUUUUGAAUUUAGAUAUUGUAGUACUUACGUUGUUAUUUAG